AUGCUGAUAAUCCGGGUUGUUCAUGGUGGUGCUGGAAUACACAGUGUAGGCUCCGAACCAGAGGUUAAAGCCGCUCUUCUCGGGGCGUGUGACAGCGCGGCGAACUCCUUGUCUGCUCUCGACGCCGUUGAAACAGCUAUCGCAUUCUUGGAAGAUUCCACUGUCCUUAAUGCUGGCUCUGGCUCGAAUCUGACUAUAGAUGGGACUGUUGAAUGUGAUGCUGCCAUAAUGGAUGGCCUUACUGGCGACUUCGGAAGUGUUGGUGCUGUGUCUGCUGUAAAGAAUCCAAUCACUGUUUCUCGACUUAUUCUUGAACGUUCACGAAAGCCGGACCCCGUCGGCCGCAUCCCACCUAUAACUUUGGUUUCAGUUGGCGCUCAUGCUUUUGCUCGUCAGUCGGCGACACAUCUUAUAGUUGAGGAAGAAUCCAUGGUGACUCCUCGCGCUAGAAAGCAAUGGAAGAUUUGGAAGGAUCGUCUUGAAACCAUGAGCAACCCAGAUCACGCAAUGCAAGAUACGGUGGGGGCUAUAGCCUGGAACGAGAUCUCCGGCGAAAUUGCAAGCGGUGUGUCAAGUGGCGGGAUCCUUCUCAAGUACUCCGGCAGAAUCGGUGAGGCAGCAGUAUUUGGAGCAGGUUGCUGGGCGCAGACUCGUGAAGGAGGGGUCAGGAUGGCUUGUAGUGUCUCAGGAACGGGGGAGUAUAUAAUCAAAACGAGCCUGGCCCGCCAUUUCGGCGCUGCUUUGAGCGAUCAUUCAGACCCCGACGUUCAUGCAAUUAUUGAGCGUGUGUUGGUACACGAUUUCUGGGUACCCAGUAGGAAUGCGUCUAAUCCAGAUCCAAGCGCUGGAGUCAUUGUACUAACCACGGAGAAAGAUGAGGAAGGCCAAGAGAAAGGUCGACUUUGGUGUGGAUUUACAACCCCGAGCUUUGCCAUAGCAUUUGCAUCACCGAGAUCGCGUCCAGAGUCCUAUAUUUUACGGCGACCAAAGGCAAUCGAAUCUCGUCCCAACGACCACGCACGAGUGUUUGUGACUGCAUUCGCACUAUAG